GCGGUUUGAGUGCAGCACGCGCUGAUGAAGUUUUGGAAAAGUCGUGCAGACUUCUUGCAGCCUCUUCGCUUCUCCUCCGCUGUUUCCCGUUAAAGUGAGGGUUUUUUCCCGGGGAAAAGUCAGCUGACCUCCAGGUAAACGUCCACCGAAGCCGUUACCGUGAACAUGGCCUCCGCGGAACUCGCUCUUCUGAGUGUCUCAGAUAAAACUGGGCUGGUGGAGUUCGCCCACAGGCUGGUGGGUGUGGGUCUGUCUCUGGUGGCUUCAGGUGGGACAGCCAAAGCUCUGCGUGAUGCUGGACUGGCGGUCAGGGAUGUGUCUGAGCUGACUGGACAUCCAGAGAUGCUGGGGGGCAGAGUGAAGACCCUGCACCCUGCGGUSCAUGGAGGCAUCCUGGCCAGGAAGACCCCCACAGACUCUGCAGACAUGGAGAAGCUGGGCUACAGCCUGGUCCGAGUGGUUGUGUGCAACCUSUACCCGUUUGUAAAGACCGUCUCUAACCCAGGAGUCACAGUGGAGGACGCAGUAGAGCAGAUUGAUAUCGGUGGCGUAACUCUGCUGAGAGCUGCAGCCAAGAACCACGCUCGGGUCUCCAUCGUGUGCGACCCGGCUGAUUAUUCCCGGYUCGCCCUGGAGAUGGAGAGCUCAGGAGACAAAGACACGACACUGGAAACACGCAAGACUUUGGCUCUGAAAGCCUUCACCCACACGGCGCAGUACGACGACGCCAUAUCGGAUUAUUUCCGCGGUCAGUACAGCCGUGGGGUUUCCCAGCUGCCCCUUCGUUACGGCAUGAACCCCCACCAGGCCCCGGCCCAGAUCUACACGCUGCGCUCCGAGCUYCCUCUGAAAGUGGUGAACGGUUCUCCGGGCUUCAUCAACCUGUGUGACGCUCUGAACGCCUGGCAGCUGGUCCGGGAGCUGAGAGGCGCCCUCGGCAUGGCCGCCGCCGCGUCCUUCAAACACGUCAGCCCCGCAGGAGCCGCGGUCGGAGUUCCUCUCACCGAGGAGGAGGCCAGAGUGUGCAUGGUGCACGACCUGCUGCCGGACCUCAGCCCGCUCGCCACGGCGUACGCACGAGCACGAGGUUCAGACAGGAUGUCGUCUUUCGGGGAUUUUAUCGCURUGUCGGACGUCUGCGACGUCCCCACGGCCAGGAUCAUAUCCAGGGAGGUUUCAGARGGGAUUAUCGCUCCAGGUUAUGAGGAGGAGGCGCUGAAGAUCCUGUCAAAAAAGAAAAACGGGAACUACUGCGUGCUCCAGAUGGACCCGGGUUAUGAGCCCGAUGAUUGUGAGGUGAGGGUUCUGUUUGGGCUUUACCUGAAACAGAAGAGGAACAGCGCUGUCAUCAACAAGGACUUCUUCAGGAACGUGGUUUCCAGCGGCUCCCUGUCAGAGGAAGCUGUGCGUGACCUCACCGUGGCCACCAUCGCUGUGAAGUUCACUCAGUCCAACUCUGUCUGCUACGCUAAAGACGGCCAGGUCAUCGGUAUCGGAGCGGGUCAGCAGUCCAGGAUCCACUGCAUGCGUCUGGCUGGAGACAAGGCAGACAACUGGUGGCUGAGGCACCACCCCCGCGUCCUGAGCAUGAAGUUCUGCAGCGGCGUGAAGCGGGCCCAGAUGGCCAACGCCAUCGACCAGUUCGUCAGUGGUACCGUGGGAGAGGGUCCAGACCUGGACGUGUGGAAGUCGAUGUACGAAGACGUCCCGGAGCCGCUGUCCGACGCUGAGAGGAAGAACUGGAUCAGUUCCCUGCAGGGCGUGGCCGUCAGCUCCGACGCCUUCUUCCCCUUCAGAGAUAACAUCGAUCGGGCCAAACGGAGCGGCGUUGAAUUCAUCGCGGCUCCGGCCGGCUCUGCUGCUGAUGAGGUGGUGAUUAAAGCCUGCAACGAGCUGGGCAUCACUCUGGUCCACACCAGCCUGAGACUCUUCCAUCACUGAGCAGCACUCAGGUUCUGACCCGACAUUCCCUCUGUAACACUUCACAUCCAUUCCUGACACGAUGGAGCAUUAAAGCUGCUGAAGAGUUCA